AUGGGGUUCCUCGGGGUAUACAAAGCGGUCUACGACUACCAGCCCCAGGGCGAAGGCGAACUAGAACUUCGCGAGGGUGAUUUGCUUUACAUACUCGAGAAGAGCGUCGAAGACGAUUGGUGGAAAGCGAAGAAGAAGGCCGAACGAGAUGACGAGGAUGAACCGGAGGGUCUUGUACCGAAUAACUAUGUCGAGGAGGCCCCCGCAGUCAGCCAUGCAAAGGCAUUGUACGACUAUACGCGCCAGACCGACGAAGAAGUCUCAUUCUCUGAGGAUGCGGAACUUUGGGUGUACGAUACUUCCGAUCCAGAUUGGACAUUAGUUGGUGUCAAUGGGGAUUUCGGCUUCGCCCCUGCAAACUACAUCGAGAUUCAGGAGGACGCUACUCCCGCCGCUGCCACUGCCCCGCCUUCUCUCCCUUCUCCUGCUCCUGUCGAGCCCCCCGCUCCGGCCCUUCCGCAACGCCCGGUCGAGGUACCGGCGGAGGAACCGGUCGCGCCCGUGUCUACUAGCUCUCCGAUUGACACGAUACAGAACCCUGCGGCAGCAGCAAUAGCGGAUAUCAUUCAUAAGCAGCACGCACCACCCGUGGAAUCCGAACCCUCCAGGGAUAUCCCGCCACCGCAGCCCCAGCGACCCUCUUAUCAACCAGAAGACAGUUACCAGAGGGAACCCUCACCGCCGCCUCCAGUGUUACCGCAGCGACCUCCAUCGCAACAGCUCUCUCCUCCAGUGGAGCGGUACUCUCCGCCAGAACCCUCUCCUCCUCCACGCCCUCAGUAUGCCGCCAUGAGGGAGCGGGACAGCCAGGGCCAUGUGCAGGAGUCUCCCCCAUAUAAUCGAAUCGGACAGUCGACACCUCGUUCCCCUUCUGGCUAUCAUCUGUACAAUAUCAAUGAAAUGGUCGAAGUUAUGGGCAAGAGGAAGAAAAUGCCAACGACAUUGGGAAUCAACAUCGCGACAGGAACGAUCUUUAUCUCACCAGAAGGGGACGGCGACAUGCAAGAAUGGACUGCGGAUAGACUCAGCCAUUACUCCAUUGAAGGCAAGCAUGUCUUCCUCGACCUGGUUCGCCCCAGCAAAAGUAUCGAUUUUCAUGCUGGGGCCAAGGACACCGCUCGAGAGAUUGUUUCCGCGCUCGGUGAGAUCUCUGGAGCCUACCGUGCCGAGGGCCUGAAGGAAGUCAUUGCGGCAGGUGCAGGAGGCGGGGGCAAGAAGAAGGGUCAAAUUCUGUAUGAUUUCAUGGCGCAAGGAGAUGACGAGGUUACUGUGGCUGCCGGCGAUGAGGUCGUCGUUCUGGACGACACCAAAUCUGAGGAAUGGUGGAUGGUGCGACGCAUGAAGAAUGGCAAAGAGGGCGUGGUACCAAGCAGCUACAUCGAAAUCACCGGCUUUGUUUCCAGUCAACCCGCUGGCGUCGAGUCGGGCCUAUCAACGGUAGAAAGGAAUCGGCUCGAAGAGACGCGCCUGGCCAAGGAAGCGAUGCGGAAAUCGAGGACUGACUCGAUAGAUUCACGGACCUCUGAGGUAAGCUGCGCUGUUAAACCACCCUACCAAACAACAGUGACUCUGGUAAGAGAGGAUACUGAGAGUUUCGAGCAGCACAAAAAACGCGACAGCAAGAGCGCCAACAAGCCGAAACCGGAUCCCACCAAGACAAGGCAGUGGACAGAUCGUACCAAGUCUUUUACGGUCGAAGCGCAAUUUAUCGGCUUGCAAGAUGGGAAGAUUCACCUCCAUAAGACCAACGGAGUCAAGAUUGCUGUCCCCAUCCCCAAGAUGUCUGUUGAGGACCUGGAAUACGUGGAAAAGCUUACGGGCGUAUCUUUGGAUGAGGACAAGCCUCUAUCUGAUAUUCGCCGCCGAUCUCAAAAACCCGAGUCGAAAUCCGAGUCGAAAUCCGAGGCCAGUCGCCCUGGUGCGUCAGUUGGGCCCGAGUACGAUUGGUUUGAUUUCUUCCUAAAAGCGGGAGUGGGACCUCACCAAUGCGAGCGGUAUGCUCAGAACUUUAUCAAGGACUCCAUGGAUGAAGCGAUUCUACCGGACAUUACCUCUGAGACCCUUCGUACCCUUGGAUUGAAGGAGGGUGAUAUUCUGCGGGUUAUGCGGCAUCUGGACAAUAUGUUCGGCAGAACUGGGUCCAAGUCCAAGCUGCGCAAUGUCAGCUUCGGCGGAGAAGAGGUCAUCAGCAAUGGGGAGGCUACCUCUCCCGGCGGUCUUUUCUCCGGCCCAGGAGGGGUUCUACGCAACAACACCCGCAAGGGCAGGCCGGCACCCACAGUCCACGCCAGUGAUGUGGUCGAUCCGAAGGCCUUCGAGCUGAAGGAGGACGCACCCAACCCUCAGGAACGCACCGAAACACCACCCGCUCCUCCUGCGGUUGAGAAGCCGGUACAGCGUGGCUUCGAUGACGAUGCUUGGGAGGUGAAGCAACCUAAACAGGCCACGUCUUCGGCGCCACCUCCCUCAUCCCCACCUCCGGUCUCAGCACCGCCCGCUACAACCCAAGCUCCAGUGCAAAAACAACUUACCGGGGCAAUGGCUGACCUAUCUCUACUGCAAGCACCUCUCCAGCCCACUCCUGCACAGCCGGCGCCCGCACCUACUCCUCAGGCCGCCCAAGCUCCGUCAGCCCCUGCUGCUAUCCAGCCACAGCCGACUGCAGGGCCUACGCCCCUGCUGCAGCCGCAACAGACAGGUGCCACUCCUGGCUUUUUCAACCAAGUGGCACAAAUAGCACAGCAGCCUAUGCAAACCGGCGCCCAGACGUUCAGCCCUCAACAGACAGGCUUUCAGCAGGCAUCGAGGCCGCGCCCACAACCGCCUCAAAAUAUGGCUCAGAGCUCGCUUCUCCCGCCCCCUCCACAGAGGCCGCUUUCCGCGCCACAGAACUUCCCCCAGCAGCCAAAUGCUUUUGGUCCUCCUCCAUUGCAACCACAACUGACCGGUCUUCCUCAACCCGGCCCACAGAUCGCCCCGCCUGGCCAGAGUCUGGCCGAUUUGAACCAGCAACGCUUCAAUCCAUCGAUCCAACCGCAGCCGACCGGUUUCAUGCCGCCAAGUCAGUUUGCAGGUGGAUUGGUGCCACAGCCCACUGGAUUCCAGCCACAGUCACAAUUUGGCCUUCAGCAGUUACAGCAACAGCAGACUGGCUUCCAGGGCCUUGCACCGCAGCCGACAGGCUUCGGAGGCUUUCAACCCCAGCCACAGCGGCCAAUGCCGACAGGCGUUAACUCGAUACUUCCUCCGGCUCUUCAACCCCAACCUACUGGCAUGAACGGUGCGAGCAGUAUGCCUUAUACUAUGACCUCCCCGCCACCGGUACCCCCUAUUCCCCAACAGCCCACAGCCGCACCUUUGCAGCCACAGAAGACCGGACCACCUCCUCCCGUACGAUUUGGGGUCAAGCAUGAUGCUCCUAAGAAGCUGACUCCCCAGCCAACAGGUUUGCGGGCUAAUCUUGCACAAGCUAAACAACUCUCAACCACCUUGUCGCAGUACCUGCGAAAGAACAGCGUUAUCACCUCCUCCUCCGUUCCUCCCGUCACCACAUACACCGAUCCAGUCGUCCUCCCCCUCACCGACAUGGCCGUCCCCCGCGCAAUCCGUCAGGUCUUCCUGGCCAUUGAACAAGCCGAAGGCGCCGGCGCCCGCGUGCGCCGCUCCAUCGGCACCGCCAAACUGCGGAACUUCAGUCCCUUCCUCAUGCUGGACCACUUCAACGCCGGCAGCGACGCAGGUUUCCCGGACCACCCCCACCGCGGCCAGGAGACGAUCACCUACCUGCUCUCCGGCGGCGUCGACCACGAAGAUUUCGCCGGGAACAAAGGCACCAUCGGCCCCGGCGACCUGCAGUUCAUGACCGCCGGCCGCGGCAUCAUGCACGCCGAGAUGCCCCGCGAGAAUCCCGACGGCAGCCCCAACGUCGGCAUGCAGCUGUGGGUUGACCUGCCCAAGGAGCUGAAGAUGUGCGAGCCGCGGUACCGCGAUCUCCGCGCUAGCGAGAUCCCCGUCGCGGAGGUCGACAACGGCCGUGUCACCGUCAAGGUCAUCUCGGGCCAGUCGCAUGGUGUCGAUUCUGUGCGCGAUCUGGCGUACACGCCUGUCUGGUUGUUGGACGUGACGAUCCGGCCGGGCGGUCGCAUCUCCCAGCCGCUGCCGAAGGGCUGGAAUGCGUUUGCGUAUACGCUGGCCGGGACGGCGAUCUUCGGCUCGAACAGCACCACGCGGGUCGUCAAGGAGUUCCAUAAUGUGGUCUUUGACCAGGCGGGUGAUUAUGUCGAGGCGUCGGUCCCGGAUAAUGCCGAGUCAGAGUCUCGCUUCAUCCUCGCGGCGGGUCAGCCUCUGGAUCAGAAGGUCGUGCAGUAUGGGCCUUUUGUUCUCACAAGCCAGGAGGAGGUCUACCAGGCCAUGCUUGACUACCAGACCGCGUCGAAUGGUUUCGAACGAGCCCGAGGGUGGGAGAGCGAGAUCGGCAAAAGAAUGACCUACUAG